AUGCUUCAGAAGAAGUUUCCUUACUCCUCCCCAAUCCACCACAAUCCCGAUGGCGCCUCUGAAGAAAGAUCAUCGUUUUACCCUGAAUCUCCCUUAUCUUCCCAGCGCAGAAUACCCCAAGAUCUUCCAUCACUAGACAUCCCCUCACCGAAAUCGAAACAAAUCACUGUUGUUAGUCCCGUACCCUCACCAACACCUUUGUCUCCCCCCUCUGCGUACUCCCAAACAUCUGCUACAACGCAACUUCAGCGAACUCUGACCGGACUAUAG